UGCCUCUAUGGUUGAUCGGAGAGGCCUUGGUAACGGGCCUGUGAUCAUGUGACCCCCCGUCCUGUCCAAGAUGGCGUCCUCCAUGGUGGCGGGGGAGCGGCUGGUGCGGGCGGCGGCCUCCGCCAGCGGGGAGCUCGGGCGGCUUCCCCGCGAGCUGCGGGCGGAGCUGGAGGCCGCUCUGGGGGCCCCGGCCGCCGGGCGCGGCCCCCUCGUCCCCUUCAGCCUGCUCCGGAAGCUGCAGGGCGCCCUGCGCCAGGCAGGUUCUCCUGUGUAUCUCCAUGAGCUACUGGAAGGCAGCGAGAUUUAUCUCCCUGAAGUGGAGAAACCUCCAAGGAACCCAGAGCUGGUGGCCCGUCUGGAGAAGAUAAAGGCUAAGCUAGCCAAUGAGGAAUACAAGCGGAUAACAAGAAACAUCAACUGCCAGGAACUGAACCGGUACGGGACUCUGGCUGACUUGGGAAGGCAAGUUAGGUCCAUGAAAGCCGUGGUCAUCACCAUAUUCAACUUCAUUGUCACAGUGGUGGCUGCAUUUGCCUGCACAUACCUGGGCAGCCAGUACAUCUUCACAGAAAUGGCAGCGCGUGUGCUGUCGGCUGUGAUCGUGGCCUCAGUGGUGGGCUUGGCUGAACUGUACGUGAUGGUGCGGACCAUGGAAGGGGAGCUCGGAGGAUUGUAGUCAGGCAGCUUUCACUUAGACUGUGAUCCUUACGCUGGAGGUCUUUUCCUCCCCUGUGGGUUAUUAAUUUGUUCACAGGUACGUUUGGCUUUGGUCCAUUGGGUCGCUGUGCCUACUGCAGUUUCCUCACACCAUGUCCCUUAUUCCUGCCACGUUUGAAAUCACCAGAUGCACUGAAUGGGGACCUUGUGGCAUGGAACAGAAGAGUCAGCAGCAGUGGGAGGUUUCAAAUCCAUGACUGGCACAGGGAGGAGUGGGGGGCUUAUUGCUGCCUCAUCUUCUAGCUCUGAAGUUGCUGUCCCUUGUUCAAAAUAAAUGGGUUCUGUAUGCAUUAGAAUUACCUUCCUCCUGCCCCAAGGCAGAUUCCUAGGGCAGAGAUGCUGCGUGUGAAAUGCCUGCACUGUGUACCUGGGCAGCCUGUGUGUGUCUCUGCCCUCUUUAUCGCAACCCCUACUCCAUUGCUUCUACAGAAGCCGUUACACUUGGUUUCUUUAAUGCUCUUCACAUUCCUGCAUGGUGCACUAUCCGGGCUGCUGUAGGGUAGAGCACAGUUUGUACAGGGCAUUAGCCCUGCCUGCUCUUGGCUGAAGCAGUGGGUGCCUGACCCAGGCCCUGUGCUCAUGGCAGUGCAUUUUCUCCCCCAUGCAGACAGCUGCUCCCCAGGAGAAUGAGGGCACCUAAUCCCACGUUGUUCCUCCCAUACUAGGAAAUUUCCUAACUCAGAAGGUGUUGCAGCCAAUGCAGGGAAUUCUUUAUCUGUUAAGAUGAGGUCUAAUAGAAACUGACCACAGAUCUAAAAAUUAACGCUAGCUUAGGUACAAGUGGGUCCUGUUAUCUGUACCGGCAAGACCUGUCUUGGACUGUGUUCCUGUCGUCUAAAUAAACCUUGUUUUACUGGCUG